GUGAUACGAGAGGAACUAGGAGAAACACUUGAGGCUCGUUUUGAAAUUUAAGCAGGUUUCGAAGAGUCCAAAGGAUCUUCGAGCAGUAGUCAUUCACCUACACUUGUCCGUCGAUUGCUUUACGACAGAUUCGCGUGUUCGGGUGUUGCAGGGAAUUUAGAAAAUGUCGGUAAAUUUUGCUCGAGCACGUACGGGCAGUAAAAUGCGGCAUUCAGGUGCUGCCUAGUUCGGGUCUAACGCCGCCCGAACAGGUAUUUAUAUUGUCAUGUUAAUUUCAGAUUUUUCAAAAUAUUCCUCAAAUGGGUAAAGGCCCAUUGACGAGGGCACGUCUUCUUGCACUGUCUGCCACCUGACAAUAAGUCUGAUUGUCAACCCCAAGUCCCACCCCCUCAUAUCCACCACUUGCCGCCUCGUCCGUAGAAUUCCAGCUUUUCGAGUUCACAAAAAGCAACACCACGCAACAAGAGAGUCAGAGUCGAAUUAGUUCUACCAUCGACAUCGAUUACAUUGUCAUCGACGAAUCCCGAUGAUAGUUUUUGCCGAUCAUACGUCGAGAUUCCAUUGAAAUCCACGGCCGAAAUGCAUUCUUUGGAUCUGCAGCAAGAUUUUACACUACGGUGUCCAAGUUGUUGUCCGGUAAAUCGCCGUACCGUUCGCACGUUUGCAUCGCCUCUAAAUCCUGUAAUCCUCGACUUUACAGCUGGGCAGCGAUUAACUUAACCGCUGGUAGAAUCCUUCAUUAGUGUUUUAAAUAAACAUUGGAUUACAGUGUAGCCGCACGAGUUAAGUCGGGGUUAACCGUGCUGCUGUUCGUUAAGCUAAUCCCAUUUCGCACAUCCGAGUUUGGAGUUGAAUUCAAACACCGGUAUCAAAAAACGAGUACACAGCUACCGCUCUGAGGAUCUUCUAGUUAUUAUUUUCGAAAAUUCUGUUUACCGUGUUCCGAUGGUGUCGUGGCCGUAAACCUGCUGCACCAGCAACGAGACGUAGACAAAUUGGGUUGCGUGCUUGAAACAAGUUGGCACAGAUAUCGCCAAACAGUCGUGAGAACUCGACAAAUGUUCACGGCUCGAUUGCCGGGGGAGGGUUUUUUUCUUCCGAAUAAAAUGAGUCUCUUAAACUUGAUUCUAACAGAAUUAGGUAUUAGUUGUAGUCUACGGCGCUCUAGACCCGCGAAUAUAAUAUUUUCAAAAAUCAACGCGCGUCGGCCCUUUUGUGAAAAUUAACAUCAUAAUAGGAUUCCCAUACGGUCGGCACUCGAGCCAAGUGUUGGGAAGGUAUCGAAAAAUUUUUUUUAGUCAGAAAGUCAUAAAUCUACGAGUGAAAUCUUCCACGAGAAACUGGAUGGUGCGCGGCCGCCCCCUUCCGCAGUUUUUGACUCUUAUACAAAAGUUCGACACCGAGAAUAAAGCGAUAUAAAGGAAGAGACGGAACGGACUCGAAUGGACCGGAUAUUCGCCCUUUUACGGGUAGCUUCGCUUGGGUAUAUAUCAUUUUGGCUACCUGUUUCAAUUCGUGCGGCCGUUCCUGCACUCUUCAAGUCCGAUGUUUUUUGCCUUUUCUAUAGACGCGUGAGGCCAGGAAGCUUAAAAAAUCGGAUGUUAGUUUUUACACAAUGUAGUUACCGGGAAAAAUAGCAUCGUCUCGAUUCUGAUUUUCUCACGCCAUACUUCUGCGUUGUUAUACUCUAGAAGGACUCGCAUUCUGCAAAGUAGGCGAUUCCAAGACCCCGAGUAAUCAAGGUGGGCUGGUAUACCAGAGUUUGCGUGACAAUCGCCAGGGAUUGAUGGAGCAGGAGAUUCACCCUACGUCUUUACCUAUGCGUUGCAUAGAUAUGGGGCAAUUUGUAUUUUGCUCGCCAGCUACGUCCGACGUUCUACGGCGACUCAGAGAUCGUAAAGUUGUAUAGCUGCAAGGGUUUGAAAAGAUCGAAUCUUUUUGUAUCGCUACACGGUGCAGGUAUGUCUAGUAGGUCGGAUCGAACCAACCCCAUAAAGUGAGGAUAUAAAAAGUCACGCGUAUGACACAGUUUCGUGUAGAAUUACCAGCUAUACCGAUCCAGGAGUGCUGUACGGGCCUUUAGUGUAAUGGUAAAAAAGAAAAGAAGAGAAAAAAAAUCAAAUGACCGCUAAUACCCAUUCACAUUAGUACUCAAAGUAAAGUAUGUCCUCGAUGUGAAAAGUUCUAAUCGAUUCCUGACUUCCAUUGGCUAGAAGUUACCGGGGGUUGAAUACCCGAAUCCUGAUUGGCCCUGGUGCUCCUAUUCCCAUUGGUUAACGCAGGGGUCGUAUUUUGCUCCGCCCUUCCGUAACUUACCGCUAAAUUUCCACGGUCAAUAUCGAAAGGAAAUUUUUACCAAGGACGCUUAGUAGUCUCACCGGAUCUUCAGACCGUCAAGAGUCAGUUUUUAUGGUUUGGCGAGGCGAGUGAGCGCUACAGAUUUUUAAUCAAAAUUAACAUGACAUUUUUUAAAAACAAGGACAAAUAUUUUUGCCUAAGAAUCACAUUCUCUUAUGUCGAAUAAUUUCAAAUUUUCAAUGGUAAAAAGUGCGAGUGUGUAAUUUGCUGUCUAAUCAAGGGUGUUCGGUAAUGAGCACUUUCAACUGAAUAGAAUAGAAAAAUUUAGUCCCAGGUUUCGACUUUGUUUUGUGUGGCAGGGAGACGGUGUACGACUCGGGGGUAUAGAGUUGGAAAUUUCUCGCAGGGGUUUGCGUCGUAGGGUGCGAAAGUCGGUGGUCCCGCCCCCGGGUGACGCCGCCCUCCUGGCUCGAGGGUGCUUGAGUUCGAGCGCGAGCCAAGCUCACCGGAGGUAGGGAACACUAUUGGUCAAGUGCUCGUCGGAGACACUCAAAAAGUACAACAAGUCCUUAACUCAGUUUCAAAAAGAACGCACUCCAAAAUAUCAUUCCCUCAUACAUCUGGGGACUUUGAAUAAUUACAUGAUGCGAAUUUCGAUAAUAAUCAAACUAUAAUCUAGUCAAAGUAUAAAGUACAUAUUAAGUUUGUGUGAUAAACCGCAGUGUGUGCUUCGAUUUUACGUGCGGUAUUCUUCAAAUUUUAACCAUCUAAUAAGCGAACGUAAUAUUUAGUAGAAUUCCUUAUUUUUGUACGGAAAGUACAAAAACUAUUGGUAACAAAAACGUGCAAAACCUCUUAGUUCCAUAACUGCAGUGCAUAUAAAAAAAACAUUCUGGAAAGACGAAAAUGUACUGACGAAAGUAUCCACCAAAUUUUCAAGAUGGCGGAUAAAAACAAGAUUUUACCAUGGCCCCUGCUUCCGUAUCCGGCGAGUUUGUUGAACCACGUCUGGUACAGCCAGCUCGCUUUGAACUCUAGGUAAAAAAAAAAAAAAAUACAAAUAGAGUAACUAUUCUAUUGUCAAUCAAUUUAUUCCAUAGAUUAUGGAUACCGAUUGACGACUUCUGAUGAAAUUGAGUAAUGAUGAUGAAGGGGUCAUCACGUAUAGUUAAUUAUUUAGGUUGAUUAUUCCGGAUCCUGGUGUUUUUUCGUUUUAUUUUUUUAAUUAAAAAUGUUUUUUGCUUUCACCGCAGAGUUUACUGGUAGCUGCAAAAUUUGAUAAUCUGACGCGCGGUCAAAGUUAGACGAGCUGUGACCGAAUUAGUUAAUAACCCCUGAUAACUAAUAGAGUGCACAGGAGUGCCUAUAGCCUUAAACCGUAACGAAUAGAUACACCUAAAUCAAUGCGGACACGCGAGACUGGCGAACAGAUUGGACCAUAUCCUGUCGACAUGAUACGCGCCACUUAGGGAAAUUAACCAUUUUGACUACUGGGGCGGAGGAACGAGCGUUUAGUAAAACAAAAAAAAAAGGGCGAGUGACGUUAAUUUUAGAAAGUAUAAAGCCCCGUCGUUCGCUCGUUGCGACCCAGGUGCAACCUUAUUUCCAUAUUUAAUGAAUUUAUGAUCGUUUUGACGCACAAAAUUUUGGUCCACUAAACUCGAGGCUGCACGAACCACCCGCGGUGCAUUAUUUCGGAGAUUUCAACGCCGUUAAAGCUUCUCUCAAUUAUCGGGCAGCGCGAAAUUAACAGCAUCUCCCCUAAAAUGCCCGCGCCUCGUCAGCAUAUUUUUCCCCACAAACCUCAUCUCGAUUACUCCCUCGUCUAUCAUAAUUAAAAGUACAAUAUGGGGGUGGAACUUGUAGCACAAUAUUUGAUUCCGAAUGCAGGUAGACGGAAUGGCCAUCGAUUGUUUUUUGCAGUUUUGUUUGGGAAUAACGUGGUGGACGUGUCGAAAUAAUGGGCGAAAUGGAUUAGAGCUUAGGGUACAGGUUCGCCGGGGAAUCCUCGAGAAAUAGUAAGCGGUGCAGGUAGAUCCUAUCCUUGCGGCUGCUCGAACUUCUGCCUCCUGCGCUCGCCGUCGACGGUUACUGGAGAGCAUGAAGAUGCCAGCCGCGCGAACGUCCGGUUUUCAUAUCUGUGACAUUCUGGAGCUCAAUGACUCCAAACCAACUACAGAUGAAACGGAACUUCAAGGAACCACCGCUGUCUUACCCCCGGCAACCGAGGUUCCAUCAACUUAUCAACAGCUCCUCGAACACACGACAGCGAUGCUGCAACCCGGUGUUCACGCCAAUCUAGCAAGAACGACGUUACCACCUCCGCCACCCGGGAUUCUGGGCUGGCCUACCGGACCGUCGCUCAAUCCGACGAUACCUCAGCCGCUCGACGAAGUGAACGUUCUGCAGCAGCCGGAUUCGACCAGUCCGACAAUAUCGGAUCUCUCGUUUCCAUCGCACCAGGAGAACGGUCACGAGUCCAAAGAGGACGAACAGGAAUUCGAGGAGGAACAUCAGGGAGAGUCUCAGCCCCACGAAAGUGAACAUAAAAAACGUAAACGACGCGUCCUUUUCUCGAAAGCGCAGACGUACGAACUAGAGCGACGGUUCAGGCAGCAACGUUACCUCAGCGCACCCGAACGCGAACAUUUGGCGUCGAUAAUAAGGUUGACGCCAACGCAGGUGAAAAUCUGGUUCCAGAAUCACAGGUACAAGACGAAGCGCGCCGCCACCGAGAGGGUCGAAGCUAGCGGAAGCGGAUGUUCGCCCAGAAGAGUCGCCGUACCUGUCUUGGUACGCGACGGUAAACCUUGUCAGUCAAAGUUGAUGGAAUCGGCGUCUUACCCGGGAUCCGGCCAGGUCCCUAUGGCUCCGUACAUGCAGAAACCUUACUGGUGGUAAGCCUCGGGAUUGUUACGUUUUAAUUUCUUGCCCUGGACCACACCUUGAUCGUCAUAGUGCAAUACCUGAUACCAGUAUACAUAUACAUAUAUAUAGAUAUAUAUUUGUAGAUAACGUGCUCACGAUUUCUGUCUGUCAAUCAGUCCUUUGAUCGUACGCGGAAUUUUUCCUCCUUUCCUUUUUUCACUCGGAUUUUCACCCUCGCGUAAUCCGGUCCGCGCAGGAGUUAUUAUUCGGUAGCAAGUCUCGUAGCGUAGCGUGAAACGCGUACUAAUGUGAAUUCGUAGUUACAUAUAUUGUAUCUAAAUUUGAAUGAUAAAGGGUUCGUCCUAAUGGUGUACGCCAAAUAGCUAGCUAGGCGGGGACAGAAAAUCGUGUGUACUAUACCGAUGCGAUUAUAUAGUCGAAUUACGAAUUAUAGCGGAGACGUGUGUAUAACUUAAUAACGACGAAAAGUGAUUUAGAGCGUACAUGAAUUAUAUACCAUAUAAAUACAUACGUAUAAUAUCUAGUUAGUUAAUUGUUAAUGUGAUUUUUGAAUAUUUCUUACCAUAUAAGUUUUGUACAAAUUCAUUCUAGACAGAGUUCAAAUUAGUUCAUAAAAAUUAAACACCAUAGACUUCUCUAUGCAUUCGCCAUAAAUCAUCUCACUAUUCCUCAUAGACGGCGCAGUCGGUGGAAAUUUUUUUAAUCGCUUCAGUUUACUAUCGGGUAAAAAUUUUCCUCUAUGAAACAGUUGUACGAUAUUCGAUUAGCGUUUGCCCCGUGUAUGCCAUCGUAAUGUGCAUAUGAUCGUAUCGGGAUUUUUCAUUUCUUUCGUCAUGUCACGUCGAACGAUUAUUUUUCAUAAGACGGUUACGUAAUGGAUUGACGCGACAAUUGCGUAUAUAUUGGGCGUUUUUUAAGACCGUAGGUAGAUAAGCUAGCGGCAAAGAUUACUUAUCUAUCCGGUGCACACGUGUAAAGGAAAAAAAUUAAAAACAAUUUAAUAAAACGAAAAAACAGAACAGCUGAUCGAGCAAAAAAAUCAUAAUAUUUUAUAGAAAAGAGAAACAAAAUGAAAAAAAAAAAAAAAAAACAUAGAAAAUUACGCGCGGGAAACGUGUCAAAAAACCUAAUCACAAUAUCAUUUUUUUUUCACGUCUCUUACGACCCACUUCAGGUGAUAUACUUGGUGAUGUAAUUGAUAACUCUAUGAUCUACUCAUCUGGUGUAUAUUAGAUUCGAUUUUAGAUCGCCAGCUAUACUCCUACCCGUGAGGGUUUUCAAAGAUCUCGUAUAUGUCGUUUGUGAUUAGAGUUCAGGAUACAAGAAAAAGUUUUGCACGUCUGAUGCAAUUACACAAUAGGACAACGAGAUUCGAAGGAAAAAAAGUUUCGACGAAUUUUUUUUUUUUCUUCCUUUUUUUCUUCUCCUCAUGCAGAAGCGAUGAUCGGAGAUUAUGAUGAAUGAUGACGACGUGUGUGCCGCGUAUCAUUUUCUUAAAAAAUUAGCGUGUACUUUACUCGUGUGGACUCCUUAGAGUGAUGCAUGUAUGUAUAAUAUAGUGAAAUGUGAAUAAAGAAAAA